UGAGUUUUGUAGUAAUCUGUGAUGAGAUGAGACUAAAAACUAUUUUUUAUUUUAUUAAUAUACAGUAAAUUAAGUAAUAAAAACUCAAAUGAAUUUGAUAAUACCAAAUAAUCGACUACAAUAUUGUUAUUAAUUAAAGGGUUUAGACACGUAAAAGCUUGCAGCCAUACUAGGUGUUUAUAUUAUAAUUUAUAACGUUUAUUGUCUAGAUAAGACUUUAUUAAGCAUUUGAACAACGAAUGGCCAAUAUAUUAAAAAUAAUAUAAUUAGGUCCUGGAAACUGGAAAGAGUAAAUAGUACGUGGAAGGUCUUAAUUGAUAAAAAAAAUGUUACCAAUCACGAACUAUCAUUUAAAAGUAAUAAAAUAACGAGUAUAAAGUUGAUAGCCGUACAAUACUUAAAAACGUUAUCAGUACACAUCCAAGUGAUUUUUGUUUCUCAUUUUAUAUUUAAUCUGUUCAAAGUACAAAGUGAGUUUCAAGGAACGAAGUGAGUACAUUUUGCAAUUCAAAUGCACAUAAGAUUACUAGUUUGAGUCAGUUUUGGUUACCAUAAUGAUAAACUAUGUAUAAAUAUGUGUAACAGUUUACUUAGCUUUGCCAUAGCGGUAGUGUUACUAUCUAUUUCAUUAUCCUACUAUUUUACAAAAAUGAAUUCAAAUACAGAUCUAAUGGCUUCAAAUGCUCUAUUAUUUGUCUCAAACACUGCAAAAUCUUUGAAACUAUGUUUGAAAUCAUCAAGACUUGUAAAAAAUAUACUUUACAUCAAAUAUAUUGGGGUACAUAAUAAUUUAUCAGUAAUUAACAAGCAAAUUAUUGAUAUAUAUUCAAAGACUGCGACACAAAAUGCAAACCUAGAUAUAAGAUUGAUAUUAAAACCUUUGGAGGGUUUUAAAAAACUCCAAACAAAUCAUCCUAUUGAUAUGAUAUUGACUGAUAGUAGAAUAGAAAAUCAAAAUCUUAAAGAACUUGUGUCAAAUAUAAGACCUGGAUGCCAACUGCUAACUAUUGAGACUGAAAAUGAAAUUGAAAGUAUGAAAGGUGAGCCAGUGAAGACUUAUGAAUAUGUAGCUCUUGGUGGUACAUUUGAUCGUCUUCACAAUGGCCAUAAGAUACUUCUAACACAAGCUGCCUUGAGGGCAACAAAACAUGUCACAGUUGGUGUCACGGAUGUUAAUAUGAUUCAAUCAAAGAUAUUAUGGGAACUAAUACAGCCAGUUGAAGUAAGAAUCAAGGCUGUAAAGGAUUUCCUCACUGAUAUAAAUCCAGAUUUGGAAUACAAUGUCCUAGCUAUACAGGACAUGUAUGGACCAACAAAGGAUGAUCCUAGAUUUGAAAUGAUUGUACUUAGUGAAGAAACAUACAGGGGUGGUGUUAAAAUUAAUGAGAAGAGAAAAGAGAAUGGCAUUAGAGAGCUAGACAUGCAUGUGAUUGAAUUGGCACAUGAUGACCAGCAUUCGUCAGAGGAAGAUGCCAAAUUAAGUUCCAGCAAUCAAAGAAUGCGACUAUUGGGUACAAUGCUGAAACCUCCAAAGCCUAAUUCAAAUAUCCCAGUUACUCCGUAUGUGAUUGGAUUGGCAGGAGGUAUUGCGAGUGGAAAAAGUAAUAUUACAGAAAAGCUUAAGUUAAAAGGUGCCGCCAUUGUAAACUGUGAUUUAAUAGCACAUGAUUUAUACAAGCCGGGGUUGCCACUAAAUAGAACACUUGCCGAAACUUUCGGUAAUGAUAUUAUAACAGCGACAGGCGAGAUAGAUAGGAAGAAGUUGGGGGAGAUUGUUUUUAGUGAUACGGAAAAACUAAAGAAAUUAAACCAAACAGUAUGGCCGUUUAUUAUUGAGGAGGCUCAAAACAGAAUCAAAGUACUAGGAGAGCAGGGACAUAAAGUAGUUGUUAUGGAAGCUGCAGUUAUGAUACAAGCGAAAUGGUUCCGGUACUGCCAUCAACUAUGGGCCGUUAUUGUACCACCGAAAGAGGCGAUUCGUAGACUUCAAGAAAGAAAUAAUUUGUCCGAAGAGGAGGCGAAGAAACGGGUUGAAGCACAACCAACAAACUAUGAACAAGUGUCCCAAGCAAAUGUUGUGUUCAGUCCGUACUGGAGUUAUGAAUUCACGCAGCAACAGAUCGAUAAAGCGUGGGACGAAUUGCAGAAAUAUCUGUGAUUUUUGAUAUUUUGAUUCCAACUUUAGGGACGUAGCGGCAUACCGUUUUGGCAAUAAAUUAUUAGAGGAAAAACAGGAUUUCCAGUUGAAAAUUUCGUUUUUACGAUAGCCGGACCCGCCCAAGUACCAUGUAAUAACGUCAAAUAAUUGGGAAGAGAUUAGGCCGAUAUGUGUCAAGUUAGCUAAAGGAACGUUCAAGUAAUACAUAACGAAAUUUUGGGGGGGGGGUCAUUUUGUGAAACGUUACGAUGCGGGGCGGGGAUUGAAUUACGCGUUAUUGUUAAUAUUAUUUUCGACUUUCCAGUACUUUACACCACAUAAUAGUAACUUUAAGGUAUAAAAAGUAACUGGGUGGUCACGAAACGUUUUACUAUUGGGUAUAGAAAAAUGUUACGCCACGUUAUAUGGGGGGGGGGGGGGCAAAAAUUGCGUGAAGUAAUACUUGAACGCUCCCUAAUACCAAGGAUAGAUGGCGCAAUUUGCAUAAGAAAUUAUUGUUUUAUAACAUACUGCCCCCGCGAACUUCUCUCUCUCUCCAUAAUGUGAUUUUACUUAGCCAACCUUUUUAGUACAUAACAACAAGGAACUAUUUGCUGUGCUACCCCAGAGAUUGUUCAGUUUUCCGGAAUGAAAACUUUUUAGGUUUUUCUGUUUUUUUUUUGUAUGUUGUAUCUGUACUGAAUAUGCAUAAAAAAAUUCAUAAGAAUCGGUCGACGCGUUUCGGAGGAGUAUGGGAACGAACAUUGUGACACGAGAAUUUUAAAUUUUAGAUAUCUGAAAUAACAGGCAUCAACCAAGAAAUUUUGAAAUCUUUUUAACUACUACUUUGUACAAACUACUUAUUAUAUUAUUAUUAUUAUUAAAUCUCAUUAUUUUAUAACAGUAACUAUUAAUCUUUAGAAAAUUGCGCCAUCUUUGCUUAGCAUAAGCUAACUUGAAGCAUAUCUACGUUGUUCCCCAUUUUUGUAAUAAAUCAAGAUCAUUUCGAGCGAUAUUGAAUUUAGCCAAUAAUUUAUGGAGAGUUACUAAGAAGGGGUACUGGUGCUCAAUCAUAAGGGUGGUGACAUUAACCUAUACAUAGAUAUAGGUCGGUUAUCGAAAGCUGGCGGGUUCACAGUACUUACACUAAUGCAAUUUCACAUACAGUAUGUUUCAAAAUAUGAUUUUUUUGCCAUGCUAUACAUUUUAGUCCACUCAUACACGACGGACAGUCUAUUCAUGAUGUAUUUAUGAUUGUAUUUCAGUUUGACAUCACGUCUCGCGCUUAUUCACAGACACUACACAAGCACAAAGUGUAAAUGUGUUGAAGCCGCCAGCUUUAGUUAACAUACCUAUAGAGUAGAGAGAUUUGUAGAUACAGUCAAAAUCUAUUAUAACGACAUCUAAGGGAAUACUCAUAUUUGGUCGUAAAAACCGAUAGUCGUAACAGCCGAUGAUGUUAUAAAGUACGUACCAAUAGAAAUCAGCCGGGACCUUUGUUUUGGUCAAUAUAACCGGUAUGUUGUUCUAAACGAUGUCGUCGUAAACAGUUUUGACUGUAUCUAAAAUAUUACAGCGCUUUGGCAGUUACACGCAGACAUAUUUGCUCUAUCCAGCCGGUGAUCAAUUUUUUUUACAAUUUCGAUACACAAUAUAACCUCAACCUUAACGCACAACAGAAAAUUAUUAAAGUCGAAAUCACUAGGAGUUACAGAAGUACACGUGUACACGUUCGAUGUAAUAGUUGCAUGUUAUCGUUUAAAAAAUACAAACUUAGUGAUAGUGAUCACAAGGGAUAAUUAACUAAUUUGUACGAAUACUGAUGGGCAAUUGACGGCAUCAUGAUUUUUUCUUGAGUUACUUGUUUAUUAGAGGUUAUUGAUGAAUUUGUAUUUUACGUUUUUGUAUAUUUUGCUGUUUAUUCGGUUUAGUUUAUAUUAACAGACGUUGAGGGUGCCACAGACAAAAUUUUAUAAUAUAUACUAGACGCCAAUAUUCACGGAAUGAAUUUGUCGGUCACACGGAAAGAUUUGUAUGUGUCGAUGGUCGAUAACGAAACGCGGCAUCGUUUGACUUCCAUUUUAUAUUCUUUCCCGCCGUGUUUGACACGGUACUUGUCUGAGGUACGCUGUGUUUGGCUAUAAAAACAGACAAUACGUGUGAUAUUAAAUAAUUAUGUGUAAGGGUAAAUGUUUGUUAUAUAAUUAGUCUUAGAUUAGGAAAUCAUUGUUUUGUUUUAAUAAAGUAUAUUUUAUUUA